ACUUGUGCAUCAGGAAGCAGCAGUCGUGUGGACAGUAUGCUGGCCAAAGGACUUCCCCUGCGCUCAGCGCUGGUCAAAGGCUGUCAACCUUUCCUGAGCCCUAUGUGGCAGGGUCCAGUGCUGGCCACCGGAAAGGGAGCCAGUGUCUCCACUAACUGUCCUCGAUCCUUCAAUGAGAUCCCUUCCCCUGGUGACAAUGGUUGGCUAAACCUGUACCACUUCUGGAGGGAGAAUGGCACACAAAGAAUCCAUUAUCAUCAUAUGCAGAAUUUCCAAAAGUAUGGCCCCAUUUACAGGGAAAAGCUGGGUAACAUGGAGUCAGUUUACAUCGUGGACCCCAAGGAUGCAGCGGUGCUUUUCUCAUGCGAGGGUCCCAACCCGGAGCGGUACCUCGUGCCCCCCUGGGUGGCCUAUCACCAGUAUUACCAGAGGCCCAUUGGCGUCCUGUUUAAGAGUUCAGAUGCCUGGAAGAAAGACCGAAUCAUCCUAAACCAAGAGGUGAUGGCGCCUGAAGCCGUCAAGAACUUUGUGCCCCUGCUGGAAGGCGUAGCUCAGGACUUCAUCAAAGUCUUGCACAGACGAAUCAAGCAGCAAAAUUCUGGAAACUUCUCAGGGGACAUCAGUGAUGACCUAUUCCGCUUUGCCUUCGAGUCCAUCACCAGUGUUGUAUUUGGGGAGCGCCUGGGGAUGUUGGAGGAGAUCGUGGACCCCGAGUCCCAGCGGUUCAUCAACGCCGUCUACCAGAUGUUCCACACUAGUGUCCCCAUGCUCAACCUGCCUCCAGACUUCUUUCGACUCUUCAGAACUAAGGUCUGGAAGGACCAUGCAGCCGCCUGGGAUGUGAUUUUCAAUAAAGCUGAUGAAUACACCCAGAACUUCUUUUGGGACUUAAGGCAGAAGCAAGACUUCAGCAAGUACCCUGGUGUCCUUUAUAGCCUCCUGGGAGGCAACAAGCUGCCCUUCAAGAACAUCCAGGCCAACAUUACAGAGAUGCUGGCAGGAGGGGUGGACACGACCUCCAUGACCCUGCAGUGGAACCUUUAUGAGAUGGCACACAACUUGAAGAUGCAGGAGAUGCUGCGGGCUGAAGUCCUGGCUGCCAGGCAACAGGCCCAGGGAGACAUGGCCAAGAUGGUGCAGUUGGUCCCACUCGUCAAAGCCAGCAUCAAGGAGACACUGAGACUCCACCCCAUCUCCGUGACCUUGCAGAGGUAUAUUGUGAAUGACCUGGUGCUUCGUAAUUACAAGAUUCCAGCCAAGACUUUGGUGCAGGUGGCUAGCUAUGCCAUGGGUCGAGAACCCAGCUUCUUUCCCAAUCCAAAGAAGUUUGACCCAACUCGCUGGCUGGAAAAAAACCAAAAUGGCACCCACUUCCGGUCCUUGGGCUUUGGCUGGGGUGUCCGACAGUGUCUGGGCCGGCGGAUUGCAGAGCUGGAGAUGACCAUUUUUCUCAUCAAUGUGCUGGAGAACUUCAGAAUUGAAGUCCAAAGUCUCCGUGAGGUGGGGACCAAGUUCAACCUCAUCUUGAUGCCUGAGAAGCCCAUCUUCUUCAACUUCCAGCCUCUCAAGCAGGACCUGGACCCAACCAUGACCAGAAAGAGUAACACUGUAUGAACUACAGGCUGGAGUCACAAGGGGAGAUGGGUCACUGGGUCAUUUGAGGGUGGUUGUCUCUGUAUCUCCAGAAACAGCACUCUGUGAUUACCUGCCCAGGUUAGCUGGACCCUCUUCUCCCUCAUCCUGUCCCCCUCUUUACUUACCUAGGAAGUUAAUAAAGACAUGAACGCUGAGAA